AAUAUGCGAAGGAACCGUGAGGCAUCGGUUGGAUGUCUCCAGACUAAGGGAUUCCCUUACAAUCUGCAAAACAAUGGGAAUACUAUGGAAAGGUUUCCUGAACUCAAGGAUGAAAACAGUGCACAUCCAAGAGGUGGUAUUUUUGAACCUGAGAACUCUUUAAGCAAUGAAUCCUUUGUGCCUCCAACUGAAGGUUAUCAUAGACCCAUGAACCAACAAGGAUUUUGCAUAUGGUCAAGUUACUACCCUGACUUUCAAAAGGCCCAGGCAAACCAAUGGAAUGCUUUUGAGAAUCAUUUCUACUCUAUGAAUCGCGAAUACCCUUAUCCUGUAGAUAACCGAUUUCCAUACAUGCCUUUCAAGACGUAUUCUCAAGGUUACCCAUAUGAAUUCCAGUUUCAAGAGUUUCAAUACUUCGUGGUCAUAGAUUUUGAGGCAACCUGUGACAAGGUAAAGAAUCCUCAUCCACAAGAAAUCAUUGAAUUCCCAUCUGUCCUUGUGAAUAGUGUGACUGGGCAGCUAGAAGCUUCUUUCCAAACGUAUGUGCGACCUAUGCUGCAUCAGCACCUGAGUGAUUUCUGCAAGGAGCUGACUGGUAUCCAGCAAAUUCAGGUGGACAGAGGCGUUCCUUUAAGUGAAGCUCUACUUAUGCAUGAUAAGUGGCUGGAAGACAAGGGAGUUAAGCACACUAACUUUGCUGUGGUCACAUGGUCAAACUGGGAUUGUCGGGUAAUGUUGGAAUCUGAGUGCCGCUUCAAGAGGAUCCGUAAACCUCCGUACUUUAACCGAUGGAUCAACUUAAAAGUCCCAUUCCAUGAGGUCUUUGGUGGGGUGAGAUGUAAUCUCAUGGAGGCAGUCCAGUUGGCCGGUCUGGUGUGGGAGGGGCGUGCUCACUGUGGCUUGGAUGAUGCAAGGAACACCGCACGCCUGCUUGCCCUCCUCAUGCACCAGGGCUUUAAAUUCUCCAUUACCAACUCACUGCUGUGGCAAACUGCCGAACACCCAUCAACAUGGCAGCAACCCCCAGAACGCCCAUCAGGCACUACCCAUUACCCACUCAAGCUGAAACAACCAGUGGUGCCCCUUGUUCAGUUCCACCCUACCCAUGUGGACCCUGUGAAGGAGUGGCACAUGUAUUGCUACUGUGGAGUAAAGAGCAGCAAACGCAUGGUCCGGAAGCCUGGACCCAAGCAAGGCAACUACUUCUUUGGGUGUGGGAACUGGACUGCUACUAGAGGUGCCUUAUGCCCUUAUUUUGAAUGGGCUUCACCUUGAUAUACUUCUUGAUCAUGUCCUAGUUUGGCCAAGGAUCUUCACUGUAGAAACGAGCAA